AUGUCCGACAACGGUCCCCUCCCUCCCAGCGCGCAGCUGCCGCCACCACCGCAGACGACCGCCGGCGCGCCUGGCUACGAAAAUGGGCACAAUGGCCAGAACAGCACCCACAUGCCCCCGCCACCUCUUCCUCCGGUUAUCAUUCCGCAGAACACCAAUCCAAUUCCUACCGCUGUCACUUCUCCGAUGGGGGAGAAUGGAGGAAUGAUGUCUCCGGAUAGUGCUGGUGGAUUUGUGCGCCGGGCGGCUCCCGAGCCCAACAAGCGCGCCUUAUAUGUUGGAGGUCUUGAUCCCAGAGUCACUGAAGACGUGCUUCGCCAGAUUUUCGAGACCACUGGCCACGUUCAGAAUGUCAAAAUCAUCCCUGACAAGAAUUCUAAAGGCUUCAACUACGGCUUCGUAGAAUACGACGACCCCGCAGCGGCAGAACGUGCAAUGCAGACCUUGAACGGCAGACGUGUCCAUCAGGCGGAGAUCCGCGUCAACUGGGCCUACCAGUCGAACACCUCCAACAAGGAAGAUACUUCAAACCACUUCCACAUUUUCGUCGGCGAUCUCUCGAACGAAGUCAACGACGAAGUCCUCCUACAAGCCUUCUCUGCCUUUGGAUCUGUGUCCGAGGCGCGUGUCAUGUGGGACAUGAAGACGGGCCGAUCCAGAGGAUACGGAUUCGUUGCUUUCCGCGAGCGCCAGGAUGCCGAGAAAGCCUUGAGUUCCAUGGAUGGAGAGUGGCUGGGAUCUCGUGCCAUCCGUUGCAACUGGGCCAACCAGAAGGGACAACCAUCAAUCUCUCAACAACAGGCCAUGUCUGCUAUGGGCAUGACUUCAACAACCCCCUUCGGCCACCACCACUUCCCUACCCAUGGUGUCCAAAGCUAUGAUAUGAUUGUUCAGCAGACCCCUGCUUGGCAAACCACCGUCUACGUUGGCAACCUGACACCAUACACUACCCAGAACGACCUCAUCCCUCUCUUCCAGAACUUUGGAUAUGUUGUUGAGACCCGAUUCCAAGCUGACCGCGGCUUCGCUUUCGUCAAGAUGGAUACCCAUGAGAAUGCUGCAAUGGCUAUCUGCCAGUUGAGUGGCUACAACGUUAACGGCCGACCUUUGAAGUGUAGUUGGGGUAAGGACAAGGCUCCCGGUCAACCUGGUGCAGAUGGCUCUCAAGCACCCUGGAGCCCAGCGGUCCAGACCCCCGGUGGUUUCCAAACUCCUACCAGCUUCUUCCCUCAAUAUGGUGGACUGCCUCAACAACCUCAGGGACCCCAAUCAGCUGGCCCGAUGCCUUCUCAGCAAUCUCAAUUCCCAGCUCAAGGCGGGUACGGUGCCCCAGCUCAAUCACCAGCCCAGUACAAUAACCCUCAGAUGUACAACCCAGCCUCGCAGAGCGCUGGCGGUUACGGUCGUGGCCAGCCAGCACCCAAUGCCCAGUGGAGUGCUCCCGCCACACAGAACUUCAACAAUGGCUUCAAUGGUUACCAAGGAUAA